UUCGAGAUGGAAGAAGCUUGGUACUAGUACAGACGAAUAUUAUACACCGACGAGCACGCAACCAUUUUUCAUCAUUUUCCUUUUACUGCUCGCGUUACAGCUUCUCUUUCAGGUUAGGGUUUUCAGUUUCAAAGAAUUUCAAUCGAUUGACCAAUCGAAAGAGCGAAAGAAAUAGACAGAUUGGUUUAUCGAUUGAAAUGGAGAAGAAGGUUAAUUUUAAAGUAUACAACACAAUGACUAAAAAUGUGGAAGAAUUUAAGCCUAGAGUCCCUGGCAAGGUCGGUAUGUACGUCUGUGGUGUCACCGCCUACGAUUUUAGCCAUAUCGGUCAUGCACGCGCCGCUGUUGUCUUCGAUAUCCUUUUCAGAUAUCUGCAACACUUGGGUUAUGAAGUUACUUAUGUUCGAAAUUUUACUGAUAUUGAUGACAAGAUAAUUCGGCGAGCGAAUGAUCUUGGUGAGGAUCCAUUAUCUUUAAGCAGCAGAUUUUGCGAGGAAUAUCUUGUUGACAUGGACAGUCUGCAGUGCCUCUGGCCUACACAUCAGCCUCGUGUGACUGAUCAUAUGGAACAGAUUAAGGACAUGAUCACACAGAUAAUAAAGAAUGGCUUUGCUUAUGUUGUCGAAGGGGAUGUGUUCUUUGCUGUUGAUAGAUUCCCAAACUAUGGUCAGCUGUCUGGGCAGAAACUUGAAAAUACUAGAGCUGGUGAGCGUGUUGCUGUUGACACAAGAAAACGUAAUCCUGCUGACUUUGCAUUAUGGAAGGCUGCAAAGCCUGGUGAGCCAAGUUGGGAGAGCCCAUGGGGUCCUGGAAGACCGGGAUGGCACAUAGAGUGCAGUGCAAUGAGUGCUCACUAUCUGACCUUUAAGUUUGACAUCCAUGGUGGUGGAAGCGAUUUGACUUUUCCACAUCAUGAAAAUGAGCUUACACAGAGUGUUGCUGCAUGUCAAGAGUGCAAUAUAAGUUAUUGGAUGCAUAAUGGGCAUGUCACCAAUAACAAUGAGAAAAUGUCAAAGUCCUUGGGCAACUUUUUCACAAUCCGUCAGGUUACUGACCGGUACCAUCCACUUGCUUUGAGACACUUUUUGAUGAGUGCACAUUACCGCUCUCCUCUGAAUUACACUGUACUGCAGCUGGAAAAUGCAUCUGAUGCACUCUUUUACAUUUAUCAGACGUUGCAUGAUUGUGAGGAAGCCUUGUCAUUGUUUGAAGAUGGAAGCCUUAAAGAGGGUGUGGGGCGGAAUGGCAAAGUGGUUGGAAUUACUGCUGAUGCCCAAAAAUGCAUCAGCAAACUACAUGAUGAGUUUGAGACUAAAAUGUCAGAUGAUUUAAGCACGUCUCAUUUGUUGACUGGUGCUUUCCAAGAUGCACUGAAGUUCAUAAACAGUUCUUUGAGCAUGCUAAAGAAGAAACAACAAAAGCAACAACAAUCUUCAUUGGUUAAAUCCAUUACUGAAAUAGAGAAAGAAGUUAAGUUAGUUCUGAAGGUUGUGGGACUGCUUCCUCCUUGCUCUUACACUGAUGUUUUGCAGCAACUAAAAGAAAAGGCAUUGAAGAGGGCUGAACUAACGGUGCAAGACGUGGCAGCUCUUAUUGAGGAAAGAACAACAGCAAGGAAAAACAAGGAUUUUUCAAGAAGUGAUCAGAUCAGGGCUGAAUUGACAGCAAAAGGCAUUGCACUUAUGGAUGUGGGCAAGGAAACCGUUUGGAGACCAUGUGCUCCUGUUGAACCAGAACAGGACGCACCAUCUGUUGGGGAAGUGCAAAACCCACCGCCAGCAGCUGUAUCUAGUUGAUGGACAGCCUUUUUCAGGCCCCAGCCUCAGUUGUAGCGAAACCUCAAUUGCGAAAAAUGAUAGCUUUUACAGUUUUUAUCCCACUAAAACCAAAAGUUAAAAGGUUAAUUUACGUUCUGAAUUUACACCUUACGUUGUAUCAUUCAAGAGCUUUCACUUUUUAUGGCCUUGUGACAACACCAUUGAACUCCUCAUAAAAUUUUUGUGAUACGAUACAGGAAUGUUUGUAACCUUUUUGUUAUCUCGCACGGUUUAAUGGGUAGUGACCUGGAUUGUUGCCCAGUAAUGGUUUAUUUCACCUUA